AUUUCACGUCUAAUCGUGUUAUUCAUCAGGCUUUCGAUCAGUAACAAAGGAAACAACUGUUGAGUAAAUUUAGAUGAAGAGAUAUUGGGAACAGAGAGAUAUGUUUUUUUUCUCAUCUCCUUGCCCUCUUUAAUCGUUGGUUGCUAUUCUCAAUUCCUGUUAUAAGUUUCGGAGCAUCUUUACCUGCUUAUACCUUAAGCAAACAUUAAUAUUUUUAUCUCUCUCUUUAAUCGAGACGAUGAAACCUGCCCGAGACCUUUGUAAAUUUUAAUUCGUGUGUGUGAGACUGUAAAUAAGAAAAAAAAGUUACAAAAGCUUAAAACAAACGGAGAGUUUUACAAACUCGGAAAGCUUCUGCACGGAAGAUUUCUCAGAUCUAUGAUAUAGUAACUUAGAGUUAAAGAGGGUCGCCUUGUCCUACCGACGGUAGAAACUAACGUACAAUUGUAGUGCGAUGCUAUGACAAAGUUCGGGGUGAUAAUCGGCAGUCCUGGCGGGAUGGCGCGAUAUACGCGAAUGACCGGUGCGGACGUCGGAGACGAAAACGAAGGGACGGCCGGUCCCUCGUUACAAUGAAAGUACUUCCGCUGGUGUCCCAGGGGGCCCUGCCGCUCCUAACUCGCGGCAGCGACGGAGAUGUGCACGAAAGGCUGCGAAGCAUGGGAACAGGCGCUCGAGACAAGCUGCCAAGCUGUUUGCAACGGAACGCAGGAAUUGUUACCGCCGAAGGAAUUGUAUUGCGUUUUGGGCUGCCACGACGCAUUAAAUCGUUACUUUCAGCGGCUCAAAGCGGAAAUCGGCAUCCCACCGGCCCCGGCAUUGGUCGCGGACUCGCUGACGGCGACGUCGCUCAGCCUGGAAUGGAAAGGUGUAGACAUAGACAGACGCGCCGGGGGCAUUUCGUACCUGGUGCAAUGGAGGUACGAAGAGCUAGCUGAGACAUGGCAAUACUGCCGGAAUCAGUCAUGGGGCGAAGGUGAUCAGAUACUGGUCGAAAACCUGCAGCCGUACACUAAGUACAGGUUUCGCGUAGCGCUGCUCCUGAAAUCGUCGCAGCACAAUCCAGAGCCGAUCAUCUCAGCGCCGAGCGUGGUAAUAUUAACGCGACCGGCAGGUCUACCGACAUCAGCACCGGUAAUUGUAAGAGCGGCGGCGGUAGACAGCUACCGCGUCUCUGUGUCUUGGGAACCGGGCCCAUUUCCGAACGGGCCACUUUUGUCCUAUGUCCUGCGUCUGCAAGGGGUUGAACCACCGCUUAUUAAGGAUAUUCCAGUCUCCGAGAAUACCGAUCACUACAUGUUUCAAAACCUCAAACCUAAUCAGAAUUAUUCUGUCAACGUGACCAUGAGAAAUAGCGUCGGCGAGGGUCCGCCCGCAACUAUUUAUAUUUCUACAACUCCGGAACCUACCGUUAAGGACACUCAACAACCGAUUCUCAUCCUCGGUGGUAAGCAUACGGUAAUGAAACAGGGCGCCGAUAUGUUGGACGAGCCCAGCGUCGUAUACGAGACCGAGAGUGUGAUCUACGGAGUUGCGAUACACGUGGCGUCCUCACAGUUAUUCGUUUCCAUCUCGACGGGUUACGUAUAUCGAACUUUGAUCACCGGGCAAUCCAUGCAGAAGGCCAUACCGAAGGCCAUACUGAGCCCCGACGUAAUGAACUUCAGACCAUUGAGCCUAUCCGUCGACUGGCUAAAUCUUCACCUGUACGUCUUAGGUGAAGUGACACACAACGCUAAGACGUGGCAGAUAACCAGGUGCAAUCUGGAUGGCAAAAGUUUGACCGUGGCCAUGGCUGGAAUUCCAACCCGGCCCUCGCAUAUCGAGGUCGAUCCUUACAAUGGAUAUCUGUUCUGGGUCACUAAAGCGGGACUGUUCAGAUUAGAUUUGGCCGACAUCAGCAACGGCGUGAAGCACGAGGUUCCCCCAUAUUUAAUUCUCGAAGAUGCUCAUUUGGGUGCUUUCACGGUAGAUCAUACGAAUUUCCGAUUACUCGUUCCUUACCACACUAAUAACACAGUAAUAUCCGUGUCGUUGGAUGGUCGCGAGGUUGUUAAUCUUCGCCCCAAUACGCAGAAGCCAAAAUUCACCAAUGUUGUUUCUCUGGCUAUGGCAAACGGAUUAUUUUACUGGACCAAUGGCGACGAGGUCCUUACCGAAGGCUAUCACGCUGGCCAAAACAGAUACUUCCACAAUUCCUAUCCUGACAAGUCCGACACCUCCUUCGUGACCGUGUUGAUGAAUGCAAGUCAACCAGUUCCCGUCCCGGUGAAUCCACCGACGGGAGUGCAAGCCGUUCUAGGGGCGGAAAGGGCAAAGGUUUCGUGGCAAGCUCCUCAUUUACUGGGCGGCCAGGGAAAAGGCGCCUGGCAAAACUGGUCGUACGUGCUCGAAAUCAAGGACGAAUCUACUGGCGAGACUGUCCAUCAGAAAGGUAUCGCCGGGUCGUCUCAUACCGUUCAUAAUUUACGAGAGAGAUCGGAAUACGCGAUCAAAGCCGCGGCUUAUACGAGUGCCGGCAGAGGGCCGUGGUCCACAGAGUUCCGAGGGCGAACCUUAAGAAAUGGUUCAUAUGCGUCUAUCUUGUGGUCGUCGAACGAAGGGAUUUUGAGGAGCGAUGUAACCGGCGAAAACAUCGACACGCUCGUUAACAAAGCGAUUUUAAAGGAGUCCGAGAACGAAUUUCAUAUUGUCGACGUUAGUUGGUACAAGGACGUACUGUACAUAGUGGGAAAUAAUUCCGCGCUGUAUCGUUACAAUGUUAGCAGUCAUCAGAAGAUGAAGCUCAAUAUACAUUCGGUGGGAAGCGUUGCCGUCGACUGGAUAUCAAAAAAACUAUACUGGGCAAAUCCAAAACAGCAGAUUAUAACAAGAGCAAACCUGAACGGAUCUCAGCAAGAACCGAUGUCUAUCUUAGCAAUCGUGAAAGAGCUCAUGAUCGACUCUCUCGAGGCGUAUUUAUAUUGGUCCACUGGCCAUGCCGUGGAAGUUGCGCGAUUGAACGGACAAGAUAGGAGAUACUAUCAUUUGGAUGAAAUUUUCAAUGGCAAGCAAGUGAUGGGAUUAACUCUCGAUACCGAAAACAGAUACGUUUAUUGGAUCGUUCGAAGCUACGAAAGUGGGUCCAUCGUCUAUCGUGCACCUACGUCCGAAAAAAUUCCAAUGAAUCGUAAAAUCAUUCCAGAAAAGGUUUCUGCAUUGCAACAUCCAAAUAUGCAAGGACCCCUGUGCUAUUUUUCCGAACACCUGCUGUGGCUGCAGGACGACAGAAACGCGGUGAUCGGCGAUCUCUUCGGUCAGAACACCGCCGUGAUCAACGGGAUCACUUUAUCCGGCUUGUACAUGGUGGCUGUUAUGGACCCGGCGCUUCAUCAGUACCCGAAAAAUUUAACGUCGGAAACCGUGGUGGUUCUACCGAAUGCAGUCGAUCUCGAUAGCAUACGAGUCGAAGGGACCUGGAGGAACUUCAACAUAUCAUGGGAUCCCGUGAAGAACAUCAACUACGGCACAGUUUUCUACGAGGUGAAAUUCGCGGAUUACAUCAAUACAAAUUCAAAUCCGGAAAUUACUAUUGAAACGACGAUGCCCUACAAUAACUCGGAUCAGAUUCUGCCAUAUUCCGUCCUCGAGGUCACCGUGAAGGCAUUCACUUACUGGGAGACGGCGCAUCACUCUCGGAAAAUUUUGAGAUCUCCACAGAGCGUGCCGACCCAGCCAACGUCCCCCAGAGCGUUCGUGGAAUUCUACAAAAAAAUUCUAAGCAUGGACAUUGACAUUUUUGUGAUUUUUAGAUGGGAUCAACCUGAGUUUACAAAUGGAGUAAUCCAAGGAUACACGGUCCAGGGUUGGUUCAUCGAGAACCAGAAGAAAAUGUCAAUCUGCGACGACUGCAGCAUCCCAGCUACGGAACGGAAAUUCACGGUGCACAAUCUAAGGCCCAACACGACUUAUUAUUUCAAAGUACGAGCGCAUACUGAGAUCGGAGCUGGUCCUUACACGGAUCCCAUCAACGUGUCGACCACGUACGAGAAUCCGGUGCCCGAAUUACUGGUCGCCACGGCGGAGGCUGUGAAGAUAUCGGACCUGGACAGAGAAAUCAACUACACGCUCACCAGGCACAUCGCGACUGAGGUGAAUUACCUGACGGCGGAGAAUAAGAUUUACUGGAUCAGCGAGAUGCGGGAACUCGUGACGUCAGAAAUGAAUGGAGCCAAUGCGACGAAAAUACUCGCUCUGAAUAAUACCGCGCACAGCCUCUGCAUCGAUUGGGUAGCAAGACAUUUGUACUGGGUGGAACAAGAAUACAGCAAAGACGAGCCUUGGACAAUCAGUAGCAGCUACAUCAUGAGAUUAGAUUUAACAAUGUGGCAGGCAGGCAUAGUAAAGUACGACAAUAUCUUAAGAAGAGGAGGACGUAUUCCGAUUUUAGAUAUGCUGCCGUCUCUAGGAUCUUUAUAUUGGAUCGAGGCAAAUGAGGCAAAUACAAUAAUGCAGUCGGAUCUCGAGGGGAAAAAUGUGCAAUACUUUUUCAAAAAUAAUGAUAGCACGUGUACCUGCCCAUAUAAGCCAUCACAAGUGUCCACACUGACAAUUGAUAAAACCAAUAUUCAGAAACCGAUGAUUUAUUGGAUAUCGGACGGGCACUUAAACGUGGCUGAUAUUUCCGGUUGUGCGUGCAAUGUAGUGUUAAGGGCAAGUUUUAAAACAGCCACUCUCACAGCCUUUCUCACGGUUGACAAAAUGAACAUUUACUGGUCCAACGAAACGAAGGACCAAAUCUAUUUCUUGAGGAAGGAGCAUUCUUUCACGACGAACAAAGAAAAUGCGUCCAAACCGGAAGUAAAGAGCUUUUACCUGCCUAAUGUACGGCGAAUCAGAGCCCUCGGUAAAUCUCUGCAGCCCUAUCCCACCGCGAUGUGCCUGAUACCCCGUCAAACAGGCUACAGUGUCGCGAGGGUGAGCGAAACGGCGAACAGCAUCGUCGUCAGUCUUCCGCAGCCAAGUCCCGAGUACGGUUGUCAAAAGUAUAGUCUACCCACCACGCUGUACACCAUUCACGUAUCUCGUUGCUCGAAGAACGAACCUAUUACGUGCGAGGAGACCAGGGUGCAGACGUACAAGAGGUAUCACGAAAUCCAGAAUUUAAAACCAUUCACGGAAUACAGGCUGAAGCUGGCAUUGAGCAAUUUCUACGCCGAUUUGCUGUCGAUGAAACCGGAAUUCGGCACGGAUGUGGUGCUGAAGACUAGCGCGGGGAGGCCGAGCAUGCCGGAGAACGUCACGGUUCAGGUUCUCACGCCGACGGACCUGGCGGUCUAUUGGAUGCCACCCAGGUUGCUGAACUCCGCGGUUGUGUACUACGAGGUGCACUGGAGGUCAGUCCUCAGGCAGAAUGGCGUGCGGCAGAAGGGCGAGCAGCUGAUCAAGGAUCCCGUGUUCACGACGAACGGCAGAUUUUUCACGACGUUGCAAUCGUUGCUGCCAGGACAGGAGUAUUUGGUGUACGUACGCGUGUAUCCCGCCAAUUACAACGACUUCUACAACGAGAGCCGCAGCCAACGCAUCCGCAUGUACUCGGAGCCGAACAACCUGACGAUGAACGGGGUCAGCGUAAAUGGCAUAAACAUCUCUUGGGUCCCGAGCGUCAAUCUGACCAUCCGUUACAUAUUGGAGUACAAGGACGUUGCGAUGGAGGAGUGGCAGAUCGCACGACACGUUGAAGUGAACAAGGACCAAGUGAUGUACCGCGUAGAAGGCUUGCAGCCGCGUACUUUGUACAAGUUCCGCUUGAGGCUGAGAUAUCCCACGUAUAAAGAGGACUUUGUGUGGCCGUCUGAUGGGAGAUUUACAUUCCAAACGCUCGGUGACGUGCCGAGCGCUCCAGGGGUGCCUGUGGUAACGAGAUUCCGGAAUUCGGUGUAUCAAUUAAACUGGGAACCCGCGCAAGCUCAUGGCUCGCAGGUGACGUUGUAUCGACUGGAGGGGUUGGUUGUAAGCGACAACAACAAGCAAGACGACGAAAACAAGGAAAACGAGAACUGGAAUUUGUAUUAUAAUGGAACGGACAAUUACUGGAUAAUUCCUGGGGACGUGGAUCAGAAGUACCAGUUUCGCGUGCAAGCCAAAAAUGCCUACGGUUUCGGUGCUUGGAGUAGAUCGAGCGAGGUCGUUGACCUGACGGAUUCCGCCGGAGGAAUACUGGCCACGCAACAGCAUCUACCACUUAUGUUGGGUCUCAUCGCGAUCGGUAUCAUCAUAAUGCUGGUGGGCUUUUGCUAUUUUUUCUGCUUGUAUCGACAGCGAAAAGAAGACAAGAAGACGGUUUUGCCUCCGAUAGUCUCCGAUGUCGAAUUAGCAACCCUCCGCGAGAUUCCUCGUGGCAACUUCGUUCAAUCUAACGCACUUUACGCUUCUACGCUGCAAAAUGAUCCGGACGAUUCUGCACUACCCAAAAUCAGGCAAGAGCAAAUCACGCUAACGAAGUUCUUAGGCAGCGGCGCAUUCGGAAAGGUAUUUCAAGGAAACGCCAAGGAUUUAGAGGGGCCGGGCAUAACGCCCGUCGCCAUAAAGAUGCUACGAAAGGACGCAUCUUCGCAAGAAAAGACGGAAUUUUUGCAAGAAGCCCGUCUCAUGAGUCAUUUUCGCCACAAACACGUCCUGAGGUUACUAGGCGUCUGCCUGGAUACGGAUCCUCCGUUACUCGUGCUGGAGCUAAUGGAGGCCGGCGAUCUGUUGAGCUACCUGAGGGAGAGUCGGUCCUUGCAGCCCACGGACUCGCACGCUCUGCGUCUGCAGGAUCUGCUCGCGAUGUGCGAGGACGUCGCGCGAGGCUGUCGCUACCUGGAGGAGUUGCACUUCGUGCACAGAGAUCUCGCGUGUCGAAAUUGUCUGGUGUCCGCGAGAGAUCGUGAAAACCGCGUCGUGAAGAUCGGCGACUUCGGACUAGCCAGGGAUAUUUAUAAGAAUGAUUAUUAUCGCAAGGAAGGAGAAGGUCUGCUCCCCGUUCGCUGGAUGGCACCGGAAUCUUUAGUGGACGGGGUAUUCACCUCACAGAGCGACGUCUGGGCGUUCGGGGUGUUAAUGUGGGAAAUUACGUCGCUGGGCCAGCAGCCCUAUCCCGCGAGGAACAAUCUCGAGGUGUUGCACUACGUGCGUGCGGGCGGCAGGCUGCCGAAACCCCUCAACUGCCCGCCGACGUUGCACCAGCUGAUGCUGCGCUGCUGGAGCGCAGCGGAUGCUAGGCCGAGCUUUAAGAUUUGUCUCGAGAGCAUCGUCGUCCUGAGAGGUCACAUAGAGGACGCGGUGCUGAGCCCGGUACACGCCGGGCACUACUUGGCACGAAGAGGGAACUCCUGGAAGUCCAGUAGCUCGGAAGGGAGCCGAGACAUGCAACCUUUCCUGCAGAACUCGAAUAACGCUACGGUCGGCCAGCAAUCCGGCGAGGCUCCAAAGUAUCUAGAAUUAUUAGCAGACAACGAAGACAUCGUCUUAAGGGAGAACCCUGCGAACGGUUACGAAGUACCUCGCUCGAUUCACAUCUCGGAUCAGAACCUGGCGAAUAUAAGCAGGAUGAGUUCCGCGAGUCACGAUCGCAAAAGCAGCCUGCCCACGGAGACCACGGAAGAGCAUAAGGAACGUUCGAUAGAGGAACGGAAACAGUCUGACAGAAAGCUGUACAAGAGAUCGUCGAUCGCCAGUCUAAACUUACCAGAUCGAAAGGGCACGGGGUCGGGAAUGCCGGAGAAAUGCAACACUUUGGACAGUUCAAAAUCAGUGAACUCGAUCGCGAAGGCGACGUUGAAAAGGGACUCCUUCUCGUCCUUGAAUGGUCAGCGGAAGUAUAAGACCAGUUUGAGCGAGCGAAGGGGCUCCGAGGCGAGCAUCGAGGAUAAAAGCUGCAGCUCGCAUAGCCUGGCGCCGUCCACGCGUCCCAGUUCGUCCCUGAUCAAUUCGCAGACGGCCCUUCCGUGCCUGAAGAGCAACAUCGUCGCCGUGAACGGGGAAGUGCCUACGAGCGAGAGCGCAGUAACGAAGAGUACAUUGCCGAAGGUCCAGAGGACUCAUUCGAACUUGCAGAACGGCAAGGCGAACAUACCGCUCGUGAUAAACAGCGCGUUGCUGAAUCUAUUGCGGCAGACGCCCGUCGUCGAAGACGGGAGCAAUAUCGUCACGUAUACAAAUAUAAACACAGACGCUGUUAGAGUGAAUGGAUCGUGAAUCGUGGCAAAUCUAAAGAUUCGUACGCUUCGUAUAAAGAUAAGCAAGACUCGCACAAGUUCGCUUCCGUGCUUGAGUGACAUAAAUUUUGAGGCAAUUCAAUAUUUAUAAAAUGAUAGUAGAUUUUUAUAUCACAUAUACUAUUUUUUGAUGCAAUUAUUUUUGUAAUGCUCUCAUAGUAAAUCUGUUCUCGUCCAGAAACUAUCCGGAUAGAUUUGCCUUGUAGCUUGUAAAAAAUUACUCGAGACAGUCGAUACGAUUUUGCUCAAAUUUUGUUUUUUUUUCUUGUCCUAACGCGGUGCCUUAAAUAUAUUAAACAUUGAGCUCUGCUUAUUACAAAUAAUGUUCAAAUAUUUCAUAUAUGAAGAAGAUAAAAGGAGAAGAAUGCGCGGAACGGGGGGUAUUGAGAAUAGCUUUAAACUGCCAUUUUAGUGUAUAUACAUAAACUUUUAUACUAAAAAAUUUGUCAGGCAAAUAUGGCAGAUCGUUUCGGAACAUAUAAAUCAUGCAAUUUUAGUCACAAUCGCGAAACUGUUAUUUAAUGUAGAAAUAAUGUUGAUAGAGAAUGUGAAAUACAUACAUACAUACACAUAUAUAUAUAUAUAUAUAUAUAUAUAUAUAUAUGUAUAUGUAUAUAUAUAAUUUAACUUUAUAUAUAUUUGCGAUUUUAAGUAAUGUAUUUAUUGACGAAAAUCUGUGAAACUUGUUCACUGUUCAUUGUACAAAUUUCAUGUUUGACGAUAAUUAGCGAAUAUGGAAAUCAAUAUAAGAUUGUUAAGUUUUCUGCGUAGUUUUAAUGAAAGUAUACGUGUAAUUGUAUUGAAAAGAUAAAUUAGGAUGUAUAAAAUCUUGCAAAGUUUAUUCCAAUGGACUGACUAUACUUGAAAUUUUGUAAGAAUUAUAAGUAAGAAUUAUAAGCUUUAUAAGAAAAGAAAUUGUGGAUCAGUGAAUACUAUACAAUUAAGUAAUUGUAAAUAAUACAUUAUAAAUAAUAAACA